AUGCACUGGAAGAAUUGGGAGAGUUUGUGUAAACCAAAAGCUAGUGGUGGCUUGGGCUUCAAGGACCUGGAGGCAUAUAACCUUGCACUCCUAGGGAAACAACUAUGGAGAAUGAUCAAGAAGCCUACAUCGCUGAUGGCCAGAAUCUUCAAGAGUAGAUAUUACAGAAACUCGGACCCUCUCAAUGCACCCGUAGGCUCAAGGCCAUCAUACACCUGGAGAAGUAUUCACGCAGCACAUAAAUUGAUUCAACAUGGCGCUCGGGUGGUGAUUGGUAAUGGGAAAGACACAAAGGUCUGGCAGGAAAGAUGGUUAGGGACUGCUCCAGUUACAACGGUCCAAUCUGUACGCUUGCGACCGGGGCAGGAACAUGAUGUGUUAUCUGAUGAGAUGAGAGUUAGCGAGCUGAUGGAAGCAAAUGGUCGAGAUUGGAGGUCUGAGAAGCUAGAAAAGCUUUUCACUGAGGAGACAAUGGAGAAGAUACUGAAGAUACGACCAGCGGGACCACAUAGCAAAGACACUUACUCGUGGGAGUUCACUAAAACAGGGCACUAUACCGUUAAAUCCGGUUACUGGGUGCAAACGAGCUUACUCUCAGUACAACAAGACAACUAA